UUCCGGCAUGAAUCCAAUAACAAUUGGGUUGGGUUAUGAGCUCUUAGAAUGGAAAAAUGCUCGAAGGAUUUUUUUUGGUUUUCAAGACAAAAAUCCCAUCAGCAUGUAACUGUUUCUGAUAUUCUGUUCAUUGAUAAAUUUAUAGCAACAAAAACAAAUGUCAAGCAGUUCCAUGCUGUUUAGAGGGGGCAGAGGAAUCAGGUUACUAGCAUUUCAAUACUUCCCCACGUUAACAACUGCUUCUGCUUCUUCCAGUAUUAGAAUUGUUAGUUUUUCCUCGUACCCAUAUCCCACUUCGUACAAAAUCUUCAGCAGCAAUCACUGUACUUUCCAAAACAUCUUCACACUCUCUUUAACUUCACCGUCAGGUUGUGGGGUUGUUGGCUGUUCGAAGAUGGCAUCAGCAGCUGGAGGAGAAGAUGGUCAUUUCAAGUUGUCUGAAACUAGUGAACUUAUAAUCAAGAAAGGUGAUAUUACUCGGUGGUUUGUUGAUGGCGCCUCCGAUGCUAUCGUUAAUCCAGCAAACCAGAGAAUGCUUGGAGGUGGUGGCGCAGAUGGAGCCAUACACAGGGCUGCUGGCGCAGAACUUCGAGAAGCAUGCUAUAAGGUCCCAGAAGUUCAGCCUGGUGUCCGCUGUCCCACUGGAGAAGCAAGGAUUACGCUAGGUUUUAAACUGCCUGCAUCUCGUGUGAUUCACACUGUUGGACCUAUUUAUGAUACUGACAAGGACCCUAAAGCCUCCCUGAGCAGUGCAUACAAGAAUAGCUUGACUGUGGCUAAAGAGAACAACAUUAAAUACAUCGCAUUUCCUUCCAUAUCUUGUGGUGUAUAUGGAUAUCCCUUUGAGGAAGCAGCUACUGUUGCCAUAUCUACUGUCAAAGAAUACGCCAAUGAUAUUAAAGAGGUGCACUUUGUUCUGUUUGCAGAUGACAUCUAUAAUAUUUGGUUGAACAAGGCAAAGGAAUUGCUCCAGGCUUAGUGCAGUAUAGUGACUAGAAUUAAGUUCCUUGAUACUUGAGGGCGCACAAGUUUAUAUGUAUCUGAAUUAGCUUGCAGGCAUGUAUGCAACUAUGAAGAAAUUGCUUUCUUUCAGAUUAUGAGGGUCAAGAACUAUCGACGUAUCAAAGCCAUUUUGCAUAACUACAGGCAUAAUAUAAGUUGAUCCUGUUUUGGAGUGUUUGAA